CACAUGAGGCGGCCGUAGAAAAUAGGUUCGGUUCAUUAAUCAUUAACAUAAACAAGAGAGCGCACAGUUGGGAAAACGAAGGAAAGAGAGAAUGAACCACAACCCGCAAUCCAGCGAUGGGAAGCACGAUGAUGACUCUGCUCUCUCCGAUUUCCUUGCCUCUCUUAUGGAUUAUGCUCCCACUAUACCUGACGAAUUGGUGGAACAUUACUUAGCCAAGAGCGGAUUUCAAUGUCCCGAUGUUCGAUUAAUAAGGCUCGUCGCUGUUGCCACUCAGAAGUUCGUUGCGGAAGUUGCAAGUGAUGCACUUCAGCAUUGCAAGGCAAGGCAAGCUGCAGUCGUCAAAGACAAAAGGGAGAAGCAGCAAAAGGUGAUCUAUUUAUGUUUGCUUAGUUUCCUGAUCUCUUUUGGCUUGUCUGACCCUCUUUUGGAACAGGAUAAGCGCCUAAUCUUGACAAUGGACGAUCUUUCAAAGUCAUUGCGCGAGUAUGGGGUGAAUGUGAAGCACCAGGAGUAUUUUGCCGAUAGCCCGUCAACCGGUAUCGAUCCCGCUUCUAGAGAGGAAUAGUUGGGCCAUGUUAUUUACAUGUUUGUAUUUAGUUGAUCUACAUUUUUUUGCAUAUCUAUGAGAUGUUAUGGUAGUGCUACCAUAACAUGCUGUUCACUUUUCUUCACAUAAUAUUUUUCUCCCUCUUGAAUUUUAAAAGAUGAUUAGCUGGCAAAACGAGUCCUGAUCUGGAAUCUUGUUUAUGUCAUGGGCGUCCAAAUAUAUGUACCUGAUUGGAUAAAUAAUUUGAAAAUCAAAUUGAAUUUUGAA